AUGUCUCGUCCACAAGUUACCGUUCAAUCCUUAACUGGUGAAGCUACCUCCUCAGCUUUACCAAUGCCAGCUGUCUUCUCAGCCCCAAUCCGUCCAGACUUAGUUCAAACUGUUUUCACCUCUGUUAACAAGAACAAGAGACAAUCUUACGCUGUCUCUGAGAAGGCUGGUCACCAAACUUCAGCUGAAUCCUGGGGUACCGGUAGAGCCGUCGCCAGAAUUCCAAGAGUUGGUGGUGGUGGUACCCACAGAUCCGGUCAAGCUGCUUUCGGUAACAUGUGUAGAGGUGGUAGAAUGUUCGCUCCAACCAAGACCUGGAGAAAGUGGAACGUCAAGGUUAACCACAACGAAAAACGUUACGCUACUGCUUCCGCCAUUGCUGCUUCUGCCGUCGCUUCUUUAGUUUUAGCUAGAGGUCACAGAGUCGAAAAGAUUCCAGAAAUCCCAUUAGUCGUCUCCAAGGACUUGGAAUCCGUCAAGAAGACUAAGGAUGCUAUUGCUGCCUUAAAGGCUGUCGGUGCUCAUGCUGACUUGAUCAAGGUCCUAAAGUCCAAGAAGAUCAGAGCCGGUAAGGGUAAGUACAGAAACAGAAGAUGGACUCAAAGAAGAGGUCCAUUGGUCGUUUACGCCGAAGACAACGGUAUUGUUAAAGCCUUCAGAAACGUCCCAGGUGUUGAAACCGCUAACGUCACCGCUUUGAACUUGUUGCAAUUAGCUCCAGGUGCUCAUUUAGGUAGAUUCGUUAUCUGGACCGAAGGUGCUUUUGCCAAAUUAGACCAAGUUUGGGGUUCCGAAACCGUUGCCUCUUCCAAGGCUGGUUACACUUUACCAAAGAACAUCAUCUCCACCACUGACAUCACCAGAGUUAUCAACUCUUCUGAAAUCCAAGCUGCCGUCAGACCAGCUGGCCAAGCUACUCAAAAGAGAUCUCACGUUCAAAAGAAGAACCCAUUGAAGAACAAGCAAAUCUUAUUGAGAUUAAACCCAUACGCCAAGGUCUUUGCUGCUGAAAAGAUUGGUUCCAAGAAGGCUGCCAAGUCUGCUUCUAAGCCAGCUGCUGUCUUCAAGGAAACUUUGAAGCACGAUUAA